AUAUAGUUCCCCUGACGAGCCUCACAGUUGUCCCUAGAACUCCUGCAGGUGAGAUCAAAAUCUGAAUUGUGCCCUCUGGGAGCUUGGAUGUGAAGACUACAUAUUCACCCACCCAGCGGAAGACUGGAGACACCACUAGAGUUAAAGGGAAUCGGUGCCAAAGUGGAGAGGUCUCGGAUAGGUUAUUGAUGAAUAGUGAUCACCUGCGUGUUGCGCAACACAGGGAAGUGCGCGCGCCAGCCGCUCCAUCCACUGCCCUCAGGCAGGUGGCAAUUAGGGCUGGCCAAGACAGUACAGACUCCCAACCAAGCCCUGCAGACCUUCAGAGAGCACUCCGUUGGGUUUCAGGGCGGCGCCAGAGGCGAUUCAGCCUAGGGCAUUAGAGCCGGGCGGGGCGGGUGGCCGGAGCUCCGCCCUCCUCUGACCCUGGCUUUUCAGCUUUUAACCCGCGCGGGAGGGCGCCGCGGCCACUGGGCUCUGCUGCGGAGGGAGCGAGUGGUCAGUGCAGAGCCGAAGGCGACCGUGUCCAGUCCCAAGGCCGACGCCAGCUCGCAGGCAUGGCUCCAGCAGCGGCUUCGGGUGGCAGCACCCUGCCCAGUGGCUUCUCGGUCUUCACCACCUUCCCUGACUUGCUCUUCGUUUGUGAGUUUAUCUUUGGAGGCCUGGUGUGGAUCCUGAUUGCCUCCUCUCUGGUACCCUUGCCCCUGGCCCAGGGCUGGGUGAUGUUUGUGUCUGUGUUCUGCUUUGUGGCCACCACUUCCCUGAUGGUCUUGUACAUAAUUGGUACUCACGGCGGUGAGACUUCCUGGAUCACACUGGAUGCAGCCUACCACUGUGUGGCUGCCCUAUUUUACCUCAGUGCCUCAGUUCUGGAAGCCCUGGCCACCAUCACAAUGUUCGAUGGCUUUACCUACAAGCAUUACCAUGAAAACAUCGCCGCAGUGGUGUUUGCCUAUGUGGUCACUCUGAUCUACGUGGUCCACGCUGUGUUUUCCUUAAUCAGAUGGAAGUCUUCAUAGGACGGCAGAUCGGGAGCUGAAACCCAGAUGCAAUUAACUGGUCAGCCCAUCUUCCCCAUUAACUUCCUAGACCACAGACUGGAUGGUGGAGAAAAGAAAACAAGCCAAAAAGAAAACAAAACAAACACAAAAACAAAGGAAGCCAUAUUCGUGUCUCUUGGGUGUUAUGUCUACCUUUUGUUGAGGUUUAGGGCUUGCUAUAUUUAACUUCUAGCUAAGGGAGGAAGGAGUUGUCUUGGCAGGGGACAUUUCUGUCCUCGACCGGGACAAUUGGUGAGAACUGGGAACCUUGAUCUGAAGAAAUGAUGAUUUUCCCUUGACCCUUGGAGUAUGUCCUAAGAAUUUGCCUCUUGGAAUUUUCCAUGGGCUCUUUUGAGCACUCAUUCACUGGCGUGUCUUAGUCUUUGUGAAUAGUCUGGGUGUCACAGGCACUGAAAUUCACCCAGCAGAGAUCUCCAGACAUUCAUGGUGGAAGAUGAGCUCCUUUGAAAUAACUCAUUAAAUACCUUUAUGUCUCAUGCUUCAGGUGGGGAAGUGGAGGGAUGUCUUUCAUUCUUGGGGACCAGGGACACCUUCCUGCUCAACUUUCUUUCUGAAGAGUCCUUUGAUGUAACCUGAAUCUCAAAGGACAAUUCAGAUGUGUGUGCUGGGCCAGUCUUUCCCAAAGUGACUCACUGAGGAUGCCACCCUCACAACAGUGUCCACCAGGAUAACGUCUCCCUGUAGACACAUCCUGUGGAGCUCCACCUUUUUCUUUCAAAGCACAACAGUCUGCUGAAUCAGAAUCCUCUCAAGCUCUGAGGAAAGUAGGUGUGGGCAUUCUUUCUCUUCUUAAGGCUGAUCUAAAAUGCUCUAGUCUGGGUGUCUGCAGUCUCUCGUUGUGUUUGGGCAUGUUCUCAGACCACUCCUUAUGGGAGAAAGGGACCUGACUCCAGAGCAAAGGGAGAGACAAUGGCUAUCUCUGGCCACCACAUUCCAGGUGAGGGAUGUCUGACCUGAAAGAAGAAAGUAUAAUUAGGAAGGACAUGGAGAAUCGGCAAAGUCAGAUGUUCUGCUAGGAGAUCUCACUUUGUCCCCACACUUUAAAGAACUGAGUGACAUCCUAGAGAUGGAGCCCCACAUGCAGGGAUGUCCUGCCAGUCACCAGGAGAUUCAGGAUUCUAGCCCCAGUCAGCUUUCACUAGCUGAUGUUUUAUUCUCCAACAAAGUAGCAGAUUGAGACCUACAACUAAAGUAGAUUUGGGGAUUUUUCUACCUUGGUUCUCAGGAUGGAACCCAGGGGGUAUGCAUGCUGGGUAAGCACUCUUCUACCAAAUUCCAUCCUCAGCCCCAAAUUGGGUCUCACUGGCACAUCCAGAAGGACUUUGGUUAUCCCAGCCAUACUGGUACCCGAAUCCACCAUUUGCCCACUUAACACAGCCAAAAUUUCAUACUAAAACACAAGCAAAAGAUUAGGGGGAGUUAUUUUUAAAAAUUAAAAUAUAAACUAAGAGAUUAUAUGAAGUUUAUUAUAAUGUUUAACAAAAUCUGUAACUGAGUGCUGACUGGGGUAGUCUUAAAACUUUCAACAAAGCUGAACACUAACACUACACUAACCAGCAGCUCAACACGGGUGAGCAUCACUUUUAGACAAGAAGAGAGAGAUGAAGGAAGGAAGAAAGGAGCCAAGGAAGGGUGACUAAGAUGAAUUUCCCAAGGUUUCUCAAUGUUUCAGAUUUUUAAUCAUUAAAAGAAACUUUCAUACAA